AUGAGCAAUACUUCAAUGAUAUCUGAGUUUGUUUUGUUAGGACUCACCAGCACAAAGGAACUUGCAGUUUUCUUUUUUUUCAUAUUUUUAUUGGCCUAUGCAGCAAUCAUGGCAGGAAACCUUCUCAUUGUGAUCUGUAUUACAUUUGACUCUCACCUUCAUUCAAUACCCAUGUACUUCCUUCUUGGAAACCUCUCCUUUCUUGAUAUGUGUUUGUCCACAAUCACAACCCCUAAAAUGAUCACAGACUUUCUCAGGGAGCAUAAAACGAUCUCCCUGUGGGGAUGUAUGGCUCAAAUGUUCUUCCUGCACUUAUUAGGUGGCACUGAGAUGACUCUUCUCAUAGCUAUGGCUGUUGAUCGGUACAUUGCAAUAUGCAAACCUCUUCGCUACACAACCAUCAUUAACCGCCAAGUGCUCCUGGGAUCUGUCCUGCUGUCAUGGUCUGUUGGCUUUGUGCACACCAUGAGCCAAAUGGUCUUCACUGUCACCUUGCCCUUCUGUGGUCCCAAUGUGAUAGAUGAUGUAUUUUGUGACCUUCCUCUAGUACUGAAGCUUGCCUGCACUGAGACCUACGUGCUGGAGUUGCUGGUGAUUGCUGAUAGUGGACUGCUGUCCUUCAUCUGCUUCAUCCUCUUGCUCAUGUUCUACACUAUCAUUCUGGUCACUGUGAGACGUGGAUCCUCUGGGGGACUCUCCAAGGCUCUGUCCACACUGUCUGCUCACAUCACGGUGGUCACUUUAUUCUUUGGGCCAUGCAUCUUCAUUUAUGCUUGGCCUUUUAGUAGCUUGUCAGUUGAUAAGUUUCUUUCUGUGUUUUAUUCGGUUGUCACACCUUUAUUGAAUCCCAUUAUUUACACUCUGAGGAACCAGGAAAUGAAAGCAGCCAUGGGCAGACUGAGGAACCGACACAUCCGUUCCAGGCAGAUCUUUUGA